CUACUGUAUACCAGGCGAGGUAGUUAACAUCUCGCCACCGCGGCACCCCCAUAAUGUCCCCACGUGUCUGUUAAUAUGGACGUACACUAUCCAAGUGCCUAUGCGUGUGUGUCUGCAAUACAAUUUGAUUCCCGCUCACGACCGACAACAGUGGAGAUUGAUUAUACACUGUGUAACAUUUUUUUUGUUUCUGGGUACUAAGUGUUAUUUCCUAAUUUCUUAUGCUUCAAAAGUACAGUCCCCACAAACUUUGCUUUUGUGACCAGGAAAGUGAUAUUUUGAAAUCGACCUAUUUUCCAGAACAUUCCAGAUAGAUUCAGUGCUCAGUAAAUUUGGAGUAACUUCUGGAACAUUCUAGAACUUUCUAGUAAUAUAAAUAAUAGAAUAAAUAUAGGGGCCUUAAGCCCACCUGUUCAGUUUAGUUCCAGCUGCCUAAGUGAAUACAUAUCUGCAUUUUUCUGAGAUGGCAUCAAGAGGCUGCAAGCAUCCGGCAGACGCAUUUUGCUAUGUCUGCGGCCAAUGUAUCAAGACAAGAGCGAGAAAGUACUCUGUGGAAGCAUCUGCUAAUAUGUGUGAGGCCUACAAGGCAUAUUUCGGCAUGCCUGUUGGGGAUCAAGACAAACCCUGGGCAUCUCAUUGCACCUGCGAGCAAUGCAAAAAAACUCUGGAAGGAUGGUACAGAGGGGAAAAGAGAGCCAUGAGGUUCGCUUUCCCAAGCAUUUGGCGGGAACCCAAUGAACACUCAAGCAACUGCUACUGGCAAGAAUGCACCUGCUAUCACGUAUCCGGACCUUCCUUCAUCCAUCACCCCGGUGCCACACUGCCAUGAGUUCCUCUGGAGAGAGAGUAGCCGCCUUUAGAAGAGAGCAGAAAGUCAGAGAGCGAGGAAGACGUAGAUCCAGAUGACAAUUUCAGAGGUGGAGCUGAGGAGAGAAACCCAUACUACCCCAACCAAAAAGACCUCAACGACUUGAUCAGAGAUCUUGGUCUCACCAAGUCCAAUGCCGAGCUUUUGGCGUCUAGGCUCAAGCAGUGGAACUUGUUGGAUGAAGGUGUGAAAGUCGCAGAUCAGAGGAAGCGUCAUCAACCUUUUUGCAGCUUCUUCAUCCGUCAAGAUGGGCUCUGCUUCUGCCACAAUGUGACAAGUCUUGUUCGAGGCAAUCGGAAUCACCUGUAACCAGAAUGAGUGGCGCCUCUUCAUUGACAGCUUAUCCAGGAGCCCCAAAGCCAUGCUGCUUCAUAAUGGUAACAAGUCUCUUACCCUUGGCUCACUCGGUACACCUCAAAGAGGAUUACAACAGCAUCAAUACCUUGCUGGACGCCUUGAAGUAUGAUGAGUACGGCUGGGAGGUCAUCGGAGACUUCAAAAUGGUGGCAUUCCUGAUUGGUCUCCAAGGUGGUUUUACCAAGUGUACCUGCUAUUUUUGCCUUUGGGACAGCAGGGACACCAAGGCGCACUACCACAGGCGGGACUGGCCACAGUGGACCGAGUUCUCUGUGGGAAGGAACAACGUCAAGUGGGAGCCACUGGUGGACCCCUGGAAGGUGCUAAUGCCACCACUGCACAUCAAAUUGGGCCUGAUAAAACAAUUUGUCAGAGCUGUAGAUAAGGAGUCGGCAGUUUUCAAGUACCUUCCAAACUUCUACCCUAAGCUGUCUGAGGCAAAGGUCAAAGCUGACGUCUUCGUCGGAUCACAGAUAAAGAAGAUCCUGGAGUGCAAUGAAUUCCCCAAGAAGCUCACUAGUAAGGAGAAAGCGGCUUGGAACAACUUUGUCGCAGUGGUUCGUGGCUUCCUGCUCAAUCACAAGGUCGAAAACUAUGUGGAGCUGGUCGAGACUCUGGUGAAGAACUACGGCACAAUGGGCUGUAGGAUGUCCCUCAAAGUCCAUAUCCUUAAUGCUCAUCUUGAUAAGUUCAAGGAGAACAUGGGAGUGUACUCGGAGCAGCAAGGCGAGCGCUUCCACCAGGAUAUACUAGACUUUAAACGCCGCUACCAAGGACAGUAUGACGAGAACAUGAUGGGAGACUACAUUUGUGGGCUGAUUCGUGAAAGUUAUUUACAGUAUAAUCGUAAAACUCGAAAAAGUACUAACUUCUAAAUCUUUUGUAGCAAUUUUUGUAUUAUUUUAGAAUAAAUACAUGUUAAUUAUGUUUCAUAUGUUCUUUUUUCUCAUUUUAUGUGAACGAAAAGACACAGAUUCGCCCGUUAUCUCAGUAAAAAUAAGUACAUUUCAAAAUAACAGUUCUGGUCACGAAAGAAAGUUUGUGCGGUAUCAGAGCCAUUUUCUACACUUUUUAAGCAAAAGCAAUUACGAAAUAACACUUAUUACCCAGGAACAAAAAUUGUGUUACAUAGUGUUAUCCGAACCGUUCCUGAGCCUCCCUUAGGUCGACUCAGCCUGAACAAUGAGCAUCUCCUGCGGUGGUGCUUAAACAUCGGCACCGACGGAAGACAAAGACGGCCGAGCGCGGUGGUGACCCCCACGGACAGCCACUACUCGUCCUGUUACCACGCCGGCGCGUCUUAGACAGAUGUUCUCUCCCAGCAGCUUGCUCCAACAGGCUGACGCACGCGAAACGGACGGACGGAUGUCACCUCGCCGGCAUCUCGAGGUGGUGCCAUGCAACACCCACCCCCCCCCUCUCUCCCGGCCUCUCAACCUUCUGAUGCGGUAGAUGCAUUUGCUGCCCAGUUCGCGUCUUAGAGAGGGACUUGGAAGCCUCUGUGCUCUGACUGCCAAGCAGAAGGUGCGAGCGAGGGAGAGCAGCAAAAGAGGAGAGAGAGAGAAGGAGGAGGGAAGGAGGAAUCAGGAGAGAGAGAUAGGAAGACCAGCAAUAUGCAGCUGAAACUGUGUAUUGCGAGGAAUUGUUGCCGGCGCUCUUGAUUCCUGUUCACGAAACGGAAUAGAGCAUCCCCACUCCACCAUCCGGAGCUGCCAACUGAACACCGCCCCACCGCACCCCACCAGCCAGCCCGUACAAAAAGUGCUCCCCCACUCACGUGGGGCAUGCUGCGUGCACCGUGGGCGCUGUUCGGGCUGCCGCCCUCCCGGCAGAGAACGUCGGGCUGCCGGACGGCGCAGGCACGGGGAGAAGCCCCACGACGUUCUCAACGCGCUGCCGCUUCUCUCCUCUCGAAUGCCGCCAAAGAGCUGCCGAGCAGAACGAAUUCGUGUCGGUCCUCCGCCACAGCGGGUCCAUUUAGACGGAGAAGUCGUUGAAAAGCGUUCCGUUGCCGAGCGCUAAACACGCAACGCUCAACGCGGCCAGCCAUCUCGCAUUCUCCCCGCCCCAUCCACCCCCCCCAUUGAAACCAUGGCGGCUUCGGCACCGAACUCGGUCUCGCGCGCCCACGUCGUGCUGGCGCUGGCGGCGGCGGCGGCGCUGCGGGCGGCGGUGCUGCGCGCCGAGGAGUGCCCGCGCGCCUGCGCCUGCGAGCCGCGGCCCUGGUUCACGCCGCGCUCUGCGUGCCGCGAGGCGCUGACGGUCGACUGCAACGACGCGCGCCUCUUGCGCGCUCCCCGCGGCCUCCCCGCGGCGACCCAGGUCCUGCUGCUGCAGAGCAACGGGCUCGCGUCGCUGGGCGCCGAGCUGCGCCCGCUGCUCGACCUCAGCGAGCUCGACCUCUCGCAGAACGAGCUGGGCAGCGUGCACGACGCGGGCCUCGCCAACCACAGCCACCUGGUGUCGCUCCACCUCGAGGAGAACGCCCUGACGGAGUUGGCGGACGGCUGCCUGCGCGAGCUCGCCGGCCUGCAGGAGCUCUACGUCAACCACAACCGCAUCGGCAGCGUAGCGCCCGGCGCGUUCGCCGGCCUCGCCAACCUUAUGCGCCUCCACCUCAAUGCCAACGAGCUGCGCAGCGUCGACAGCAGGUGGUUCGAGGCGACGCCCAACCUGGAGAUACUGAUGAUCGGGGAAAACCCGGUCGCCGGCCUCAGCGACAUGAACUUCAUGCCCCUGUCGAGGCUGCUGAGCCUCGUUCUGGCCGGCAUGGGGCUGCGGUCGAUACCCGAGAACGCACUGAUGGGCCUCGACAACCUGGAGAGCUUGUCCUUUUAUAACAACAGCCUGGCCUGGGUGCCCAGCCGGGCACUGCAGAAGGUGCCCAACCUCAAAUUCCUGGACCUCAACAAGAACCCGAUCCAGGUGAUCCGCGCGGGCGACUUCAGGGACAUGUCUCACAUAAAGGAGCUGUGCAUCAACAGCAUGCUGGAGCUCGUGUCCAUCGACGGCGGCGCUUUCGAGAACCUGCCGGAGCUCGCGCGGCUGGAGGUGACCAACAACCCGCGGCUGUCGUUCGUCCACCCGGAGGCGUUCGGCGUGCUGCCCGCCCUCGAGACGCUCAUGCUCAACGACAACGGGCUGAGCGCGCUGCACCGGCGCGCGCUCGAGCGGCUGCGUGGCCUGCGCGAGGUGGGCCUGCACGGCAACCCGCUGCGCUGCGACUGCAUCACGCGCUGGAUGAGCGGCGAGCGUCCCCCGGCGCGCUUCGUCGAGCCGUGGGGGAUGCGCUGCGCCUCGCCCGCCGAGCACGCGGGGCGACGCGUGCGCGACGUGGGCCCCACCGAGUUCGCCGACAGCUGCCUGCCGGCCAUCCCCGGCGGCGUCCUCCCCGCCGACGUCCUCGUGGGCGCCGGCUCCGCCGUGGCGCUCCACUGCCGCGCGCUCGCGGAGCCCGAGGCGUCGGUCUACUGGGUGACGCCGGGCGGCGAGCGAGUGGCGAGGGAGGACGACGAGGACGGCGGGGGCGGCGGCGGGGGCGGCGGCGCGUGGAGGCGCUACCGGCUCUCCGACGAGGGCACCCUCGAGAUCCUGGACGCGCGCUUCGAGGAGGCCGGGCUCUACACGUGCGUGGCGCGCAACUCCGAGGGCCUCGACACCAAGGCCGUCAUGGUGAAGGUGGACGGCUCGCGCCCCGCCCAGGCAAGUGGCGGCGCGGACUUGACGCUGGACGUGACGGCGGUGGGGUCGCGCUCGGCCCGGCUGACGUGGAGAGCGGGCCACGGCGUCGCGGGGUCGUCCUGCGACCUCCGCUGGUGGUCGGCGCCGCCGCCGCCGUCGCCACCUCAGCCGGGUUCCUCCGCGAGGCCGGAAGGACCCCGCGUAUCGUUCUCCGCGCGGGUCCCCGUCGGCGUUCGCGAGUACAACCUCACGCACCUGUGGCCCUCCACGGCGUACGAGGCGUGCCUGUCCGCGCUGGGCGCUCACCGGCAAACGCUGCGUCGCUGCGUGAACCUGACGACGGCGCUGGCCGAGGUUCCGGCGGCCAAAGCGCCCGCUCCGGUCAAGCGGCACCGAGCGCUCGCCCUCGCCGUGGGCGGCGCGCUGGCGUCCAUGUGCCUGCUGGGCCUGUUGACGUGCGGCGCUCUGAAGGUGAGGAAGACGCACGCCGAGAGGCGCAUGGACGUGAAGGCGUGGCCCAGCGUUCACCACCGCCUGAGAGCGCCGAGGCCGACCCCGCUCUGGGACACGCGGCUGCCCCUCAUGGACGCCGAAAGCGGCGACGGGGAGAGCGAGAGGCGGCGUUCGCGCGAGGACGCCGCCGUCUCUGUGGACACGUCGAGGAGCCACAGCUGGCUGCAGCGCAGCUGAAAUAGCGGCCCGCGCGCGAUGCAAGGGAGCCGCGAAGCACAGUCAGACGGGAGGUCGCGCUCACUUAGAUUUGCGUAAAGUCGCCCGUCGUGGAGAGAAUGACAGGACGCUGAUUCGCGGACAACUUUCAAGGGCUGCUGAGAGUGAGAGCUUUUUUGUCUCCCCCUCCACGCCACCCCGCGUGCUUUUGAAGUGGCCGUGGAAUUGAACCAUCGAUGGUUUUGUUGUUGUUGUUGUCUGGAUUAACGACUUUAAUCCAUCCACGGUGGUCAAACAGGCCGUGCCUGCGCGCUGACUGAGCCAGGAAUUCAAAAACAAAACCCCACUAGGAGAUGAAUAAUAAUAACAACAGAAGAUUGCACAUCAUCACAGAGCACUCCGCUACAUACAGAGUGCUUUCAAAAAUGUUAAUACUCAUAUGGGACUAUCGUUUUUCAUGGAAAAGAAAGGAUAAUACACUGUAACGUGAUAACAAAUGUAUGUUAAUAGCUGCGAAAAGUCAAAGAGUCUCCCACUUUGUUCACCAUCAUUGUCAACACAUUGCCUGGCAUCUUCUCCAGGUGGUCUCCAGAGCCCGGAGGCACAUUUCUUGUGGUAUCGUUGCAAAUGCUCAGAAGUGUUUAAACCAUUUUUAUGAUGCACCCUAUAGAGAAAGAGAGAGACAGACGCGAUAGCUGGCGAGGCCUACACUCUCUCUCACGAGACACCCCCCCCCCCCACACCGUUACCAAAUCGGGCUCCCCUUACAAGGAGCACCGCUGCGUUCCCCCCACCGACUCCUCGUCACGACGCAGAGCUGCAGUGUUCAUCGUCUGAAGAAAAGAAAAAAACCAUUCCCAUCGCUGGGACGCUCACACGCACCUGGGAUUAAUGACCUACCCCAGAGCAGGUAGGUCUCGAUUUAAAACUUUCGUGACUGCAGGGAUUCAUCUUCUUGGUUCUUUCGGUAAAGUCAUCACGUAGAAUGGAAAUAAUAAAAUAAUACAAAUAAAACAUGAUAAAAUAAU